AUGGGGUCAACGAAUGUUAGGUAUUCCUCAAAUGUGCCUGAAAGGAUAAAUGAUAAACAGGGUAUCAACCAAUUAGAAUCAGAAGGGCAAGACCCGCAAAGCGGGGGAAAUCAGGGACGUCUCGAAGAAAGGGAAAUCCUGGGGAGAAAACAGCAGAUACGACAUGUCUUAAUGUACCCGUUAUCCUCUGGGUAUGGAGAAGAGAAGGGCAGAAGAUCACAUCGCGAUCCCGAGGCCCUUUGCGCCUCCCGAUAUGCAAGCGGUAAAAAAAUAAAGCUAAAAAGUCAGUGA